AAUGUAAUAAAAACUUUGAGUGUGUUGUCUUCAACUCUCUUCAUCUUCUUUCUUCAUUCACACACACAGAGAUACAUAACAUAAUAUAUUUCUCAAAUCCAAUACGUUACAAAUCCAGAUCUAAAUCUCUUCACUCCAAUUCUAUUUAUUCAUUCAUUUCAAAUCUAUUACUCUUUCAGAUCCAUCAAUUUCAUUUCAAAUCUCAAACCAAAAUUACAAUCAUACCAUCUACGACGUCGUUUUAGCGAAGAAUAACAUAAAAAUGGGUGCAAAUCAAUCACAGCGUGUUGAAGACACCGAAGACGAAGAAGACGAAGAACACGACGAAGAAGACGAAGAUGAAGAAGAAGACGAACAUUCAAGAAACAUUGUCAACAACCAUCUAAUAAACAGAACUCAAUUACUUAACAACCGCCACGUGGCAAAGAAGGUUCUAGAACAAGAACCCGAGAUCCUCCCUUGCCACGCGUCAGCUUCUCCGCUUUCUCCGCAAUUGUCUUCACUUGGAACGCCACGGAUCGGUCCGAGUAUAAAAGUGUAUGAUCCGUAUAAUGUUCUUGCACCGCCCACGCCGACGCUGGUGUCGCCAGCGUCUGCGGGGGCGAUGUUUUCGAGGAGUUUUGUGGGGGUUGAGGAGGAGGUGGUGGAGGUUUAUUUGAUAUGUCAUGGGGAGUGUGAAUUGAAUUUGGCGCCGGAGUUGGUUGGUGGGAGAUGUGGGACGGCGGUUUUGACGCCGAAUGGGAAGAGACAGGCUAGGGCUUUGGCUGUGUUUUUGAAGUCUAUGGGGGUUAGGUUUAAUGGUGUUUUUUGUUCGCCGUUGGAUCGGGCGAAGACGACUGCGGUUUCCGUUUGUAAGGAAGUCAAUUUUUCAGAGGAACGAAUUCAAUCCUCAGAAGCUCUUUCCGAGAUAAGCCAAGGAAAUUGGGAGGGCUGCCUUCGGUCAGAAACAUACACACCUGAAAUUAUGAGCUACAUCGACAGGUUCCAACCAGAUUUUGCUGCACCAUCCGGAGAAUCACUUAGACAAGUAGAAUUCCGGAUGAUUCAUUUCUUAAACGAGACCGUCCUAGGGUUACAUGAAAAAUUAAGAUCAGUUUUCUCGUCACAUCAAAAUGACAGCCAUGCAUUUUCUCAGCACAAUUCUCAUGCUCUGACGAACUCAAUUCAUGACCAAGAUGGAACUUCUCUCCAUUCAAACCAAUGGGAUUCUCUAUCCAGGCAUCGACCUGUGUUCUCGAGGAAAAAAUCUGGUAAGAGCAGGCUACAAUUUGUUACAACCACCGGAGAUGAGAUCGAAGACGACAUUCCUUCUAGCAACGGAAACCAUCAAAGCUCCCUGCAUAAUUCUAAUUUCAACAGCUUUUCAUCAUCUGUUUCUUGUAUAGGAAUAUUUACGCAUUCCGUGCCAAUCAAAUGUCUUCUUACUGGUCUUCUUGGAUGUAGCCCUCAGAUGUCACAUAAGUUCUGCAUCGAAGACUCUUCAGUGACUGUGUUGCAGCAUUCUCUGAGAACUGGUUGGCAGAUUAAAAAACUAAAUGAUACAGCUCAUCUCAGACUUCUCUAGGUAAAGUUGUACACAGCCAUCUUAAUUUAUGGCAUUGGUUUGAAAUUUAUAAAUUUCUCUUGGUCGAUAUUCAGCUUUGAUUGUAAUGUCACCUUAAUUUAUUUCUGCACUGAUCGAUUCCGAAAGUGGAAUGAUUCAGUUGUUGGAUUGUUGUAUCAAUUCUUUUUUGCUUAAAGUAUUACUGAAGUUGUUGCUAUUAUAAAUAUAUAAUAUAUACAUGCCAUUGUAUCCA